AAAUCAUAUCGAUCGCACGCUUGCGCGAGCCGUUCAUACACCGCCUGCACUGCUGCAUUGCGUGGCGGGAACACGCAGACGGGCAGGAUCAACAGCCGUAUUUUGGAACUUUCUGACUUGCGGCGACUUCCCCUUCUCAGCACUAUCGGACAGCGCUCGUCUGCCUCCGUGGAACCUCAGCGAUCAGUCCUGCCUCAUGGUAAACACGCCCGUGCCGGCCCUCCGUCACGUUCUCCAGCUCUCUUAAAAGGGUUCGCGCGACGCUCUUCCGCUCUGCCCCGGGUCCUCCUCACCGCUCUGCGAGCACUACGCUACGAGCUCAUCGCUCGCCACUCCUCUCUUCCCCCCCGCCUUCCCCGCUCCCCUCGCCACCCUCUUCGCCCGCCAUGGUCACCUCAUCACAGUCUCCGACUUCGCCGGUCCCCCCACCUCUCGGGACCAUCAUCGACAAUGGCUCGCUUCGGCUGGUCGAGAUCCUUGGGUACGGUGGGUACGGUAUCGUCUACCGCGCAGUCGACACCUUCUCGUCAAAUCCGACGUCGUACGCCGUCAAGUGCCUCCCCCACUCCAACAAGCGCAGCGCAGCACGCCAGCGGCAACUACACAUGCGUGAGAUCGCGCUACACCAGCUUGCGUCCGGCCACCCGAACGUCGUAACCCUCCACCGCGUGAUCGAGGACUACCAAUACACGUACAUCGUGAUGGACUACUGCUCCGACGGCGACCUUUUCACUCAGAUCCUGCACCAACGGCGUUAUCUGGGCAAUAACGCACUUAUCAAGGAGGUCUUUCUUCAGCUGCUCGACGCAGUUGAGUACUGCCACUCCCUCAAUAUCUAUCAUCGCGACUUGAAGCCCGAGAAUAUCCUAUGCUUCGAAGGCGGCCUGCGGCUCGCCAUCACUGACUUUGGGCUCGCGACCACGGAGCGCAUGAGCACCGAGUUCCGCACGGGCAGCGUGUAUCACAUGAGUCCAGAGUGUCAGGGCGGGGUUUUUGCGCCCACGCGGAGCUACUCCCCUCUGUUCAAUGACGUCUGGUCGUUGGGCAUCAUCCUCCUCAACCUCAUCACCGGCCGCAACCCGUGGAAGUCGGCGUCCGCAGACGACUGCACUUUCCAGGCGUACCUCAAGGACCCGCUCCACUUCCUCCCGACCGUGCUGCCGAUCUCCCCGGAGGUCAACCUCCUCCUCACGCGCACUCUCGAGGUCGACUGGAGGCACCGCAUCACCCUCCGCGAGAUGCGCCACGCGCUCAAGGCGAUCGACAACUUCUACUCGUCCGACGUGAUCUUCGAGGACAGUAUGGCGCGGUGUCCCUGGGAGGCGGGCCUUCGCGCAGACCCCGACAGCGAGGAGUCCGCAGAGGCCGAGCCCGAGCCGCGCGAGCUUCCAGAGCAGGAACCUCAGGAGGACUUCGCUUCUGCCUGGAGCAACGGUUCUGACUCCCAUAUGGUCUUCGCCCGCGAACGCUCGGUUGCCAAGGACUCCUCUUGGUCCGACUCGUUCUCCUUCCGUGCUCGCGAUGCCGAGGGGGCCUCUGCCGGGGCCUCCGCGUACUCACGCUCGCGCUCCGCUUCCCGCUCGCUCUCAGGCUCCGCCUCGCGCUCUAUGUCCCCCGGCCCCGACUCGCCCGUAUAUACCACCACCAAGCUCUUCGAGGCCCUCCAGACCCCCGGACACAGCCCCGCGUCAGCGUACUCUGUUUUGUCUUCCUCGCCCUCCAUCCCGUCCCCGCCGGUGACCCCGCACGCCAACGGUGACUGGGGCCAGGUGCAGCAGGGCCGCCCGAAGCUCGUGCUCACCGUCAACACGGACGGCUUCCGCCCCGAGUACUACGACAAUAGCGUCACGAUGCUGUCUGCGACGGCGUCGUCGAUGCACACCGCGCUCGAGUCUGCGCUCUCGCCGCACCAUGACGGGUACAUGUACUCGCCCCUCGUGGCGAGCUCAAUACCGACCGCGAAGGCGUCGCCAUACCCGUACGGCGACUCGCGUGAGGAUGUCGGCAUGAUCAUCACGCCGGCGACGGAGGAUCACGACAUGGACGAAUACCCGACCAUCGACACCCCGUACGACUCGCACGACUCUGCACGCCCGGAGUCUCCCGUGCUCGGACUGGACCUCGGCGAAGAGAACACGCGUGCACCGGCGCAGCAGAACGAGACGGACCUCAGCUGGCAGCGGCUGUGCUCGUGGCUCAACCCCUCGCCACAGGCCGGCACGUCCACGAACCACACGCCCGCGUUCUCGUUUUUCACCGUCACCGCGACAACAGCGCAGUCGUCGUCCCAGCCCGAGUCCGUGCCCUGGCCUGCGUUCUCAUUCCGUACGUCCGCGACGUCUUCGUCUCCGCGGUCGAUCCCGGAGAAGCUCUCGCCGAUCAUCGCCUCGGGCCCGCCGCCGCUCCCCCUCCGCACGACCAUCGCGACCCACACCCGCGUCGACAGGAAGUCACGUACCUCGAGCUUCCUGAAGCCCAUCCGUCUCGCGUUCCCACGUCGCUCGACCUCUCCCCCAAGGCGGCGCUCGUACUCGCGCUCCCCCGGACGGGCCAGCGGCAAGUCGCGCCAGGCGCACUCCACCCCGGAGACGUUCAGCAGCGCGAACUGGGUGCUCUCGGCAUCGACGUCCGCGUCGCCCGAGCCCCAGCCGUACAUGUGCCUCCCGCCCACGACGCCGCACGUGCACAUGCAGACGGUGCGCACGGAGAAGGAGGGGGGCGUCCACCCGACGCAUACUACCCUCACCGAGGACGCGCAGCCGAGGCGCAAGCGGCUCCGGUCCGCGCGCGACUGGUUCUCGCCGGGGAAGCUGUUUGCCGCUGUGCUGCCCUCAUCGUGACUCUCUUUCCUGGCUGGACUCCGGGCCCCCGACUCGUAACCUAACUUAUCAUCUGCAUUGGAUUUGUAGCGCACCCCGCAUCCGCAUUCGCAUCGGCACAUUCUCCCCAUUUGUCACAGUAUUCGCGCAUCCAACAUCAUCAUCAUAGCAUCCGGCUCAGCAUACGCAUUCGACUCGUCUCAUCGCAACUCAACACAUUGGCAUUUCUCUUCACGCAACGCAUUGGAUGUACCGUGUACCAUCGCGCAACCUUGUAUAUCCCCCAUCUGUUCACGACCCCA